AUGCACGAAGACAAAAUUUUCAUAUAUGAUGUCAUAAAUUUGAAGAGACUUGAGCAGGGUAGGAGUUCCAGCGCGGACGGCAAUUAUGAGGUGUCCUUCCGAUCGAACGCGUUCGUCGAAUCAAACGGUGACGUCACAUGGGUGCCUCCAGCGAUGUUCAAAAGCAGUUGUCGCAUUGAUGUCGAAUGGUUCCCAUUUGAUGAACAAAGUUGUACGCUCGUAUUCGGGUCAUGGACGUAUAAUUUAGAUGAGGUGGUACUGAACUGGUACAACAACAUUCAAGCCGUGCAAUUGACCGAUUAUUCGUUCAGCGGCAUCUGGGAUGUCAUC